AUGGUGGCGGCGCUGGGCGCUGCCGCGGCGGCGGCGGCCAAUGGGAGCGGCGGCGGCGGCGCGGCCCCGGCGCCCCCCGCCCCCGCCUCCCCCUUUAGAGGCGCGGCGGGCGGCGGGCGGCGCAGAGCCCCGCGCACCGGCACCGGCACCGCACCGCCGAAGCCCGAUGGGGGCCGCGCUCGGCCCCACUUAACGCGGGGUGCCCCCGCCCCGCAGCCGCCCCCCGCCAUGCCGGCAGAGCCCCCCGCGCCGCCGCCGCCGCUCCGAGCCGCCCGCCGCAAGCCGGCCGCCGAGGUAAGGGAGAGCUCCCCCAGCAUCACCCCCCCCCCCCAAAAUCCUGACCGUCCCCCCCCCCCUACUCCGCAGGGCAGGGCCGGCGGCCGAAAGGCCCCGCUGUGGCUGCGGGCCCGCUUGCAGGCGCUGCUCUUCGCCCUGGGCUGCCGGAUCCAGCGGCACUGCGGGAAGGUGCUCUUCGUGGGGCUGCUGCUCUUCGGGGCGCUGGCCGUGGGGCUGCGGGUGGCCUCCGUCGAGACCGACAUCGAGCACCUCUGGGUGGAAGCGGGCAGCCGCGUCAGCCAGGAGCUCCGCUACACGAAGGAGAAGCUGGGCGAGGAGUCCAUCUACACGUCCCAGAUGCUGAUCCAGACCCCGAAGCGGGAAGGGGAGAACAUCCUGACGCAGGAGGCCCUGCAGCUCCACCUCGAGGCGGCCCUGGCUGCCAGCAAAGUGCAAGUCUCGCUGUACGGAAAAUCAUGGGAUUUGAACAAGAUCUGCUACAAGUCGGGCGUCCCCAUCAUCGAGAACGGCAUGAUCGAGAGGAUGAUUGAGAAGCUGUUCCCCUGCGUGAUCCUGACGCCGCUGGACUGCUUCUGGGAAGGGGCCAAGCUGCAGGGAGGCUCAGCCUACCUCCCGGGCCGCCCUGACAUCCAGUGGAGCAAUCUGGACCCUCUGCAGCUGAUGGAGGAGCUGGGGCAGUUCACGUCCUUGGAAGGCUUCAAGGAGCUGCUGGACAAGGCAGAGGUGGGGCAGGCUUACAUGGAGCGGCCCUGCCUGGACCCCCGGGACCCCCAGUGUCCCCCCAGCGCCCCCAACAAGCAGAGCCAGCAGAGCCCCGACAUCCCGGCAGAGCUCUCGGGGGGCUGCCACGGCUUCUCCAGGAAAUUCAUGCGCUGGCAGGAGGAGCUGAUCUUAGGUGGCACAACCAAAGACUCCCAGGGCAAGCUGCUGAGCGCCGAGGCCCUGCAGACCAUGUUCCUCCUCAUGAGCCCCCGGCAGCUGUUCGAGCACUUCAAGGACGACUACGAGAUCCACGACAUCAGCUGGAGCGAGGAGAAGGCGGGUGCCAUCCUGGAGGCCUGGCAGAGGAAAUUUGUGGAGCUGGCGCAGGACUCCAUCCCGCCCAACGCCACGCAGAGCGUCCAUGCUUUCUCCACCACCACGCUCAACGACAUCAUGAAGUCCUUCUCCGACGUCAGCGCCAUCCGGGUGGCCGGGGGUUACCUCCUCAUGCUGGCCUACGCCUGCGUCACCAUGCUGCGGUGGGACUGCUCCAAGUCCCAGGGGGCCGUGGGCCUGGCCGGGGUCCUGCUGGUGGCCCUCUCCGUGGCCUCUGGCCUGGGGCUUUGCUCGCUGCUCGGCAUCUCCUUCAACGCGGCCACCACGCAGGUCCUGCCCUUCCUGGCCCUCGGUAUCGGCGUGGACGACAUGUUCCUCCUGGCUCACGCCUUCACCGAGACCAGCCAGCAUGUCCCCUUCAAGGAGCGGACAGGCGAGUGCCUGAGGCGCACGGGGACCAGCGUGGCUCUCACCUCCGUCAGCAACAUGAUCGCCUUCUUCAUGGCAGCCCUGGUGCCCAUCCCUGCCCUGCGCGCCUUCUCCAUCCAGGCGGCGGUGGUCGUGGUCUUCAACUUCGCCAUGGUGCUGUUCAUCUUCCCCGCCAUCCUGAGCAUGGACCUGCACCGGCGGGAGAAGCGCCGGCUCGACAUCCUCUGCUGCUUCUACAGCCCUUGCUCCUCACGGGUCAUCCAGAUCCAACCCCAGGAGUUCGCAGACGCCAACGACAACCAUGCCUCCCACCCGUCCCCCUACGGGCACCCCGGCGUGGCCACCAGCACCCAGAUCACCACCACCGUGCAGGCCUUCACCCAGUGCGACCCCUCGGGCCACCACAUCGUCACCGUCCUGCCGCCCACCUCCCAGGUGUGCACCUCGCCCGCCGUGCUCCUGCCGCCCGCCGACCCGCUGGGCUCGCAGGUCUUCACCCCCUCCAGCUCCACGCGGGACCUCCUGGCCCAGCUGGACGAGGCCAAGGGUGGGCGCGAGUGCGUGCCCCUGCCCUUCUGCCGCUGGAGCCUCUCCGACUUCGCCCGCGAGAAGUACGCCCCGCUCCUGCUGCGCACCCAGACCAAGGCGGUGGUGGUGGUGCUCUUCCUGGCGCUGCUGGGGCUGAGCCUCUACGGCACCACCAUGGUGCACGACGGGCUCUACCUGACGGACAUCGUGCCGCGGGACACCAAGGCGCACGCCUUCAUCUCGGCCCAGUUCAAGUACUUCUCCUUCUACAACAUGUUCAUCGUCACCAAGGGCGGCUUCCACUACCCGGGCGCCCAGGCCGCCCUGCUCAGCCUGCACCAGGCCUUCAGCACCGUCAAGUACGUGGUGCGCGAGGGCAACCACGACCUGCCCAAGAUGUGGCUCCACUACUUCCAGGACUGGCUGCGAGGGCUCCAGGCCACCUUCGACAGGGACUGGCAAGCCGGGCGCAUCACCCACGACAGCUACCGCAACGGCUCCGAGGACGGGGCGCUGGCGUACAAGCUCCUCAUCCAGACGGGCAACAAGAAGGAGCCCUUCAACUUCAACCAGCUGACCACGCGGCGGCUGGUGGAUGAAAACGGCAUCAUCCCCCCGGACACCUUCUACAUCUGCCUGACGGUGUGGGCCAGCAACGACCCCCUGGGCUUCGCCGCCUCGCAGGCCAACUUCUACCCGCCGCCCCCCGAGUGGAUCCAUGACAAGUACGACACCACGGGCGAGAACCUGCGAAUCCCAGCAGCCCAGCCACUGGAGUUCGCCCAGUUCCCCUUCUACCUGAGCGGGCUGCGUCGCACGGCCGAUUUCGUGGAGGCGAUCGAGAGCGUGCGGGCCAUCUGCCGGGAGGCCGCCCAGCGCCACGGGGUGCUGAGCUACCCCAGCGGCUACCCCUUCCUCUUCUGGGAGCAGUACAUCGGCCUGCGCCACUGGUUCCUGCUGGCCAUCAGCAUCCUGCUGGCCUGCACCUUCCUCGUCUGCGCCCUGCUGCUGCUCAACCCCUGGACGGCCGGCAUCAUCGUCUCCAUCUUGGCCAUGAUGGCAGUGGAGCUGUUUGGCAUCAUGGGGCUGAUGGGCAUCAAGCUGAGCGCCAUCCCCGUGGUCAUCCUCAUCGCCUCGGUGGGCAUUGGCGUGGAGUUCACCGUCCACGUGGCCUUGGGCUUCCUGACAGCAGCAGGGAGCAGGAACGUGCGCUCGGCUGCGGCGUUGGAGCACACCUUCGCCCCCGUGAUGGACGGCGCCGUCUCCACCCUCCUGGGCGUCCUCAUGUUGGCCGGCUCCGAGUUUGACUUCAUCAUGAGGUACUUCUUUGCGGUGCUCACCAUCCUGACGCUGCUGGGGCUGCUCAACGGGCUGGUGCUGCUGCCCGUCCUGCUCUCCGUCAUCGGACCACCCCCCGAGGCAUCCCCCAUGGAUAACGGCCCCCGCCUGCCCCCUCCGGAGCCGGUGUCCCCGUGCCUCGGCCCCGGGGGUCUGUACAUCCGCCGUGCCCCAGCCUGGCCCGCCGCCUUCACCGACACCUCGGACACGGAGUGCUACGGGGACGGCGUGGGGCCGGGCAGCCCCCGGGGACCCUUCAUUGUGCCCCCCACCCCGGCACACAUCCUGCUGGAGGCCGGCAAGGACCCCAGCUUCCCCCGCAUCACCGUGCUGAAGCCCUACAAGGACAGCCCGGAGGUCCAGGGGAAGAAGGAGCCACCCCAGCCCGCACCCCCGCUGCCUUUCGGGGAGCCGUGCCCCGCACCGCCCAGAGACCACCCGCGCCCCGCGGCACCGCCACGGCCGGGCCAGCCCUGCUCGCCCGGCACCCGGCCAGCCCCGCGGGCCACCCUGCCCUCCUACAGCACCCACCUGCAGGGCCCCGCCGGCAGCUACACCACCGUCACGGCCACCGCCUCGGUGACGGUGGCCCUGCACCCCACGCUGCCCGGCUCCUACCCCGGUUUCGGCGCGGAGGCGGACAGCCUGGAGGAGCCCGGGGUGCCCAGCGCCGUGCCCGAAGCCUUCGAGAUGCAGAGCCUGGGAGGCCACGGGGCGGGCGCCCGGCGCUAG